CGCUGAUCCAUUUGCGACACACAUAGCAAAAUCAUUAUUACUUUGAUCACUUUCUUGUCAUAUUUAAAGUGAUAUUGCAAACUCGUCCAAGUGAAAAUGAAAGUUGUUACAUUGCUCGCUGCGGGUGCUUUCACCGGCCUAGGCAUGGCGCAAGACUUACAAGGUGUGUCGGAAUGUGCCCGUGGAUGCAUCGGACGGAUGCUGGACCUCGCUCCAUCUCUAGGCUGCAAAGCCGACGAUGUUGCUUGCCUUUGCAAGAACAUGGAUUUCGCAUACGGUGUGCGUGACUGCACUACGGAAGCCUGUGGGGCUCAAGAUCUUCCAGCUGCCGCCGCAGCUGCUGCCAGAUAUUGCCCCGGCAAUGCCCCAAGCGGUUCCCAAGAACCUAGAGCGACUGCUACGAGCAAGCAGACAGCGUCACCAACAGGCGCCCCUAGACCGAGUGAAGCAUCUUCAAUGGGCUUGGGCUCCUCUGCAUCUACUCCUUACACUACCCAAGCAAUUGUGUCUACCAUAACUUCCGGCACUCAAGUGAUCACGACCACAGUCGGCAGCACUACCCUCUAUUCACCCGUAUCUGCUACCACCGGAACCGCCGGAACAACAGGCACUCAACCUCAAUCAACUGGGUCUGGCUCUUCCCCAACUGACAAACCCAGCUCCACUGGAAACAGCGAAACUACGAGCUCAGGCGAAAGCACUGGCACUGGCACUGGCACAACCCCUACUCCGACGGGCAAUGGUGCAUCCCAUUCGCUGAUCCCAGCCACCUUGGGAAUAAUGGGAGCUGUCGGCAUUGCCCUCAUCUUUGCCUGGUAAAGCCGCUCUCGUGUGAGGUUAACUUAUAUUGGUGAUGGAUACCUUAGUCAAGCGAUGCGUCCGUUAAGAGAUGUCCGGUAUGACAUAAAUCGAUGGAAACGUCAUCUUUAUUAGUAUUUUGUUCAUAGCUAUUUUAUGGCCCUUCAAGACCAGCAGUGGAAUAUGCCCUCUUCACAUUUCGUUUCGUCUCUACCUAGUCCCCAACUGUGUCGCGUUAUGUGGAUGAUUGGCCGUCAGUGUCAAUAGCAUUUGCGAUUGGCCAGGUCCAAAGUAGAUGGAGUGUGCCUUGAGACAUUGUGUGUAUGAGGAUUCAAUAAUAGGCUACAGUUGAAUUGGAUUCAAAAGAUUCAAAUUUUUGCCAAAGAAUUUUCAACUACCUGCCACCGCUAGGGUUCAAACUUGGAGCCAAUCUUGCUAUGGGGAAGAAGAUUGUAAGAUAGAUUUGAAAGGCAAUAGUGAAACAUUAUGAACCAUAAUGAGUAGUAGUAACUAAACAAGAUGGAUGAUUAUGUAUCAACAGACAAUGCAUAUUUUGGAGGAAG